AUGCACACCAGUGCUAACUGCUCCCAAAUGUAUACCUCCAAUCUCAACCGCUCAUUCCCAGCAUCCUGCUUAUUGUCUCCAUUUUGUGCCAGAAUUAUUGCAUUAAUCAUCUACGCGAAAGAACUUCGCAGCACCAUCAAUUUUACAGUUCCUCCGUCAAAGCAAAUAAUAAUAGUAAGUGCUUUACAAGAAGGUAAAGGCCACAGGAGGAGGAAAGACAGAUACGAUAAAUUGAAAAGAGAAAGGGAUGGACUUCUGCAAUCAUCUUGGAGAGCUCUCGGUCCAAAUGGAUGUGGCGUUUUUGUUGUUGUUAUUGUUGAUUUCAGCUUUUCUAUUUUCCACUUCAGUAUGUUUGCAAAAGCAAAACUUCGUAUUUCUCUUAUUCCUCUAUUUCUUCAGUACCACCAAUCCCUCUCUCCAGCCCAAAGCCCCACAGUAACUCUAAGCCUUCAGGCCAGCCGGAUCCACCCAGUCUUCACCGCCUGCCCGCCGGCCAGGGACGCCAUCAGGAAGAUGCAGAUGCUAAAGCUGGACAACAAGAACGCCAUCGACCGCCUGGAGGAGGCCAAAGCCAACAAGAAGCAAGCUGAGGACCACUGCAAGCAGCUGGAAGGGGAGCAGAAGAAGCUGAAGAGGACAGAGGUGGAAAAGUAUUCUGAAUCCAUGAAGGAGGCCCAGGAGAAACUGGAGCGGGCCGAGAAGGCCACCAAUGCUGAGGCAGAUGUGGCCUCCCUUGACCGCCACAUUCAACAGGUAGAGGAGGAGCCGGACCGGGCACAAGAGCGUCUGGCUACAACCCUGCAAAAGCUAGAGGAGACCGAGAAGGCAGCCGAUGAGAGCGAGAGAGGAAUGAAGGUCAUAAAAACCCCCAUGAAGGACAAGGAGAAGAUGGAGCCGGAGGAGGUGCAGCUGAAGGAGGCCAAGCGCAUCGCUGAGGAUUCAGACGGCAAAUACAAGGAGGUGGCCAGGAAGCUGCUGAUCCUGGAGGGAGACCUGGAGCGCUCAGAAGAGACAGCUGAGGUGGCCGAGAGCCAAGCCAGACAGCUGAAGGAGAAACUUCAAACCACAGACCAGACCCUCAAGUCCCUGACGGCCUCAGAGGAGGAGUAUUCCACCAAAGAAGAUAAAUAUGAAAAGGAGAUGAAACUGCUGGAGGAGAAGCUGAAGGAGGCUGAGACCAGAGCAGAGUUUGUCGAAAGGUCUGUGGCAAAGUUAGAGAAAACCACUGAUGACCUAGAAGAGACGUUGGCCAGUGCCAAGGAGGAGAACGUGGAGAUUCAUCAGACCUUGGACCAGACCCUGCUGGAACUCAGCAACCUGUGAGGACGGCCAUGCCCGCAGCCAAGCUACAGUUGCGGCCCCAACCGAAUAAAAUUGACAAAACUGACGUUACCAGCCAAACAACAACAACAACAACAACAACAACUCACCUCAUGCCUCUUUUUCCCUUAUUUUUACUUAUUCUUUACUAAAAAUAUGGAUCAAUUCUACUA